GACAGUCCAAAUAAUAAAAUAACCACACAAUCAAAUGAAAGUUCUAGUAAUAACAAGUGUCUAACAAAGCUAUAAUUAAUUUUGUUUUAUAAACCAUGGCUUCGAAUCGGAAAAAGCAAGAGGAUAAAAACCUAAAGACUUUACGUGAAUUAGUUACAUCGCAAGGGAAUCGACAAUGUUUCGACUGCAAUCAGAGGGGACCUACAUAUGUGAAUAUGACAAUUGGUUCGUUUGUUUGUACGAGAUGUUCGGGGAUUCUGCGCGGAUUGACGCCCCCGCAUCGCGUAAAAUCAAUUUCGAUGGCUACUUUUACAUCAGAAGAAAUCGAACAGAUUAGACUUAAAGGCAAUGAGAAAUGUGCAGCCACUUGGAUGGGCCUGUGCCAGAAUACAAAUAAUAUUCCAGAACUGAAAGAAGAGCAUCAGCUCAAGGAAUAUUUGUCGGAUAAAUAUGAAAAGAAAAGAUUUUAUAUUGAGGAGAAUGCUGUGAAGAGUCCGACUAACGGAAUAUUAAUUAGUCAUAAUGAAAGUAAACCUGUCGAAAGGCCCAAACAAACCGAUAAUUUCUUCAGCACAGAUUUUGAAGCAGACUUUUCAUCAGCUGAUAUUUUCAAUUCGGUUCAAACUAUACCGACAAACAACAAUUGCAAACAAAAUAAUCAAAACAACAAUGUCAAUGGUCAGAUGUCGUUUGCCAAUUUUGAUAAUAACGCUAUUUUCAAUGCUGCGACUUUAACUCAGUCCACAUCGUCUUCCCUGAAUAAUUUAAAGAACUUCAAUGAUUCAUUCAAUGGACACACUGAUGCAUUUGGUUGUAGCCAAUCUUUCAACAACAUAAAAUCAGUGAACCAGCAGCAACCACAACCAACUUUUCAAACUAAUUUUCCUGUGAUAAAUAAUGGCAUAUCUCCAUUAAAUACAUUAAACAUGAACAAUCCUCCCCCGCCUGAAGAUAAGUAUGCUGCUUUAAAAGAACUAGAACUGGCAAUGAAAAAUGAGCAAAACAAACAAGAGGUAUCUAGUAGUAAUGGAAUUUGGAAUUCGCCUAAGGAAGUACAGAGUAACAGACCAUGGGAAAGUGAAUUUAAUCAUUCUGCAUUUGACCCAAAAUCGUCCACUGUUACAAAUCCAUUCAGUUUGAAACAGACAUCUGUCCAAAAUAUUUGGACCAGCCCUCAAUCUGCUGUAGAAAAUGUAAAUCCUUUCAAAGUUGAACUAACAAACAAAAUGAAUCACAAUAUGAACAAUGCAAAUACUCAAAACCUAUUUGAUAUCGAUCAAAAAUGGAUAAAUAGCUCUCCUCCUAGUAACAAUGUUAAUGUAGCAAAUGUGUUUAAUCAGUCACCAUUUGGUAUGUCCAAUUUUGACAACAUUUUGCAAAAUGGGAAGAGCGAUUUUGGUAAUGGGCAGAGCUGGGCUACUGCUAAUCCAUUCUCGUCUCCACAAGUAAUGUCCAACAACCCAUUCUUAUGAAGAUUUGCAAUGAAGAUGUAGUACUGUACAUAGAAAAGUGGCGAAAGAAACACAACCAGUGAUCUGUAUAUUUUGAAAUGAAAGAAGGGGAUGUAUUGCUCAAUAAUUUUAA